AAGCGGGUAUAAAACCUCCGCUGCGAGCUGAUGCAACACUGGAAGAUGGUGAUAGAAGCCUCGUUGUGAGAAAAAGCAAGAUACUGAAAGCUGCUUAUCUACCCUAGAUGAUCUCGCCUUAUCGAAAAAUCUGAUUCUUAUUCCAACCAAUUAGGUAACUGAGUAUGCCAGUUGUCAGAGCCCUGAGUAAGGUGGCGAAGCAGGCCCUGCUGGCCCCCGCCUGUGGAUGCCAGCCUCUGGUCGUGGCAAUACGCAACAUCAGCUUCUCCCCACGUCAGGUCACCUCCGGGUCAGAUGCCAGCUUUCACUCAAGGUCCUUCUCUGAGACGGACCACCCCAAAGUUCUUAUUACAGGUGGCCUUGGGCAACUGGGGGUUGGGCUUGCUAAACUAUUAAGGAAACAAUUUGGAAAAAAUAAUGUGAUCCUCUCAGAUAUCAGGAAACCACCAAGCAAUGUCUUUCACAGUGGUCCCUUCAUCUACUCUGACAUUCUGGACUACAAGAACUUGCGAGAGAUUGUAGUAAAUAACAGGAUCACCUGGUUGGUGCAUUACAGUGCUCUUCUAAGUGCUGUUGGGGAAGCUAAUGUACCGCUGGCACGAGCAGUCAACAUCACAGGUCUACACAACAUUCUAGACAUUGCAGCAGAACACGGGCUUCGGCUAUUUGUCCCCAGCACCAUUGGUGCUUUUGGACCCACUUCACCUCGGAAUCCCACUCCUGACCUCUGUGUGCAGAGACCACGAACAAUUUAUGGUGUUUCCAAAGUCCAUGCUGAGCUAAUGGGGGAGUACUACCAUCACCGUUAUGGCCUUGACUUCCGCUGUCUGCGGUACCCUGGCAUCAUCUCUGCAGACUCUCAGCCCGGUGGUGGCACAACAGACUAUGCUGUUCAAAUUUUCCAUGACGCCGUCAAGACUGGCAAGUUUGAGUGCAACCUAAAGUCAGACACACGGCUGCCCAUGAUGUACAUCGAUGACUGUUUGCGGGCCACGCUGGAGGUAAUGGAGGCUCCAGCAGAAACGCUCAGUAUGCGCACCUACAACAUCAAUGCCAUGAGCUUCACUCCUGAGGAACUCGCCUUGGAGGUCCAGAAACAGCUGCCUGACCUGCAGGUCACAUAUGAGAUCGACCAUGUGCGACAGGCCAUCGCUGACAGUUGGCCCAUGAACUUUGAUGACAACAAUGCCCGCAAUGACUGGGGUUGGAAACAUGACUACGAUCUCCCGGAGUUGGUCCAGACAAUGCUCAACUUUAUCGGCUCAUACUCUCGACUCGCCCAUGCCAACUGAGUCUUUUCUUGGACGUUGAAAAUACGUACAUAUCAGAAAGAUUGAUAGCAACCUAGAAGAGAGAUCCAUCGUCUGUUAAUAGCCGUUUCCCUGUUCAAUUGUGUGUCAUCUGUAUAGACCGUUAUUGGCUAGCACAUGAUCAUGUAUAAUUGUAGAUUAUACCAAGGGGUGGGGUCUCUCUUGUUCUUGGUCAGAGUUGAAUUCCCUCUCUGGAAGGUUUCUAUCAGUGACCCACAUGUCUUUUGAAAGCUGAAUGGUAAAAGAGAUAAAAGGGAAUGGGUUUAAACCCUGGGUGAUUCUCUUGUGUACUGCUUUUAGUGGAAAAGGGAUCAUUGUGUCUGUCUCCAGGCAGAACAAACCAAACAUAAAUGAAAAUCCAACAAUGAAUGUGGCAGUCCUUAAAUUUUAAAGCCCUUAUUUUACUCAAUUCUGCUUUCAAGAUUUCUAUUUCACGAAUUCACUUUACUGUACUAUUUUGGAGGAAUACAAUUUAGAUAUGAGGCAAGAAGUUGAUGGCUGAAUUUAGACCAUCUGGUUUGAAAAUGUUUUAUGAUGAAGUCCAUAAGAAUUGUUUCUUUCAUUAAAGGAACCUGUUGAAAGCUGAAGCCUAUUAAGAAAACGGCCAAAAACAGUCUAUGGAUUAAACGGGUUAGGUCCAAAGAGGAAGUAAGGGUCAUCAUGAUAAUUUAUGUUAUCGUAUCCCUCUUGGCUGCUUUUAUUUAUUCAGUUCUGCUCUCAAGCAAAUUUAAUUUAAUCCUGCAAGAUCUGGUCUUGCUUGGCAUGAUUGCUGUAUACAUUAUUAACGUCACAUUUUGUAAAAUGCAUUUUUUCCUCCCAAGUCUUUCAAUUGCUCACAUGGAAUAUAGUAUCCCAAAUGAAGGGGAGAGU